AGAUCUUACUAGCGUAAAAAACAUUUAAGAUUACCAUGCACAGACAUAGGAAGAGAACAAUCCUGAAGAAGCUGCACGCCCAUCUUUGCGGUUGUUCCAACACGAAAGUCGACUGCAGCCACAUCUAGAACGCUUUUCAGAUAAGGCCGCAUCAUCAAAAUCAAGAAUGAGUGAAGCGGGCAACCCCUACGGGGCGGACGAUGUCGAUGAAGACGAGAAUCAGUCCAACGUCGGCAAUCCUUACGGCGAGGACGAAUCCGUCGCAGAUGAUGGCAACGAUAACAACCCCUACGGCGCGGAGGCAAACGCCGACAACGCCCGGGAUCUUCACAUGCAAGAAGACGAGGAGGACCCGGAUGCGAACCCCUACGGCGUGCCGUUGUCGCAAGGACCGUCAGUCGCGGGGGACAGUGCGAAUCCGUACGGAGGGGGAGGUUCCUCCGCGGCGGUUGCCUCGACUCCCGCGGGCAACAGAAAUCCCUACGCGCCGCCAUCGAGCGUAGCACCAGGCCGGGUCGCCGCCGGGGGGAACAAUAACUCAUCUGUGCGGCUGCCGGUAUUUACAUAAACUGUGUGAAGAACCUUUCUUGUUUCCGGUCACGUCUAUCUAUGUAUGAUCGUGCCUGAGUUCUUAAGUGAGUACGUAAAGCAAAGUAAAAAUGUCAUUAUCAGGCCGACGGUACGCCCGCGGGGCUCGAGAAUCCCUACGGGCAGCACGACACGGUGUUCACGCCCAAUAGCCGAGACCGGGCGCGACUCAACGUUAAUGCGAAUAAUCUCGGGUCUGUUUCCAACAACCAAGCGGGUGGUGCGGUGUCAAGUUCUUCGGUUCUCGCGGGAGGUCGAGGAGUUAUAAACACGAAUCAUCGGAAUGUAAUUGUAAAUGACCAACCCAGCAGAAAUAAUAAUCCCAACAACGACUCCAAUAUACAAAACGAAUCGAUGGGACAGGAGCAUUAUCCUGUGCAAAAGUAUCGUACUCGUACUAAUUGCAAUUUUGCAUGACAAAUGUUGUUCUUAAGGUAAAACAGCAUGACAAGUUCCAGCUUUCAUGCUGAGCAAAUUUGUAAUGCCAUUUAUACUAGUACGAUAAUUUUGCAAUGCAUAAGCAUGACUCGAUGCGGCAAGAGCAGAAUAUUGAAUCGCUCAGACAGGACGAUGGAGACAACAAUUCUUCGGUAUUAGAUUCGAGAUCCGGGGCGGGGAUAAACAACAAUCGCAAUGUAAAACUGCCGCCCGGAGCAGGUCCUGGUGCAGCUGCCGGUUCCAGCAGCAGCAACGUCGGAAGUGACCUGCAGAACCAGAACCUCUUGCCGCAGUUCCGAGAUGGUGACAGUAGUGAUGCCGGGCCGGGUAUCAACUGUAAAAAUGUCUGGGUCGGGAAGGUUUCAACUUGUGAUGCUAUCUUCGGAUCCUAAGAACAUUUGUAUUGCAUGACCGCAAGAAGAGGAGCUCAUUUUGUGUUACGCCGGAAGGGAAUUUAUCAUGCGGAAUAGGCAUCAGGAUGCCCUUUAAAAGUCUGUGAUGCUAGGCCAUGCUUUACAAGCAUCAUGGGUCAUGCAAAAUAUGCAUGACAAACCUGGCAACCUUCCAGACCCAGACAUUUUUGCAUUUGAUACCAGGCGCGGGUGCACGGCAAGACAGACAACCCCCGCAGCAGCCCGAUGUCGACGACGAGAACUACAUCCCACCACAAACAACGGACAUCUUCAAGGGAAAUGUGAAGCAGCAAAAAGUCGGCCGACACGCGCAUUUUGAGAAAAGCGACGGGCUAGAUGAAAGUGGACAAGGAGUUGCGCAGUCUGGUGGCGUCUUCAACAACGCGAAUAACCAGAACAAGAGCAAUAGCGGUAUCAAUAAAAGAAACCCAAACAACCUCGCAAUGUCGGUUUUUGACACGAUCUUGGAAGGAAAUGAGGACGAAGAUGUUCUUGAAAAGGGCACGGAUAACGACGGAGGAGUAGGAGAUCAGAACGGGGGAAUAAACGACAAGAAUAACGCAACUACAGGGGGAAAUAAUGCAGCGGGAAACGACAUCGAUCUAGACGAUAUCGACGAAGACCAAGAACAGGCGAAGUUGCUGGAUUUGAUCCGCAAGUUUAAAAUCGCGUGGACCAACGAGAAACACUGUCCCGAGGUGACGCCCUUCGAUUUUGAGUUGCUGCAAGACUUCAACGAGGAACUAGAUGUGCAGGAGGAGGUUUUGAAGGAAUUGAGUAACAGCACCGCGUAUGAACUGCAAAAUUACAUCGUGCCUCCUAGUAGAAAUUGCAAUACAACUUUGCUUGCAUGGCGGAUGGAAUUUGUAAUGCUGAUUUAGCCCACGAAAAUCAAAAUGUCAUGCCUAGCUGCAAUUACUAGUACGAGUACGAUACUUUUGCAAUGCAUGUCGUAGCUUCAAUGUCCUUAAACCAGCCGAUCAACGCCUAUUUGGACGAAUUAGACGGCGAGGAUGAGCUGUUUAUCCCGUGCAAAAGUAUCGUACUCGUAUUGCAAUCAUGCAUUACAAAUCUUUUUCUUGAGGUAAAUCAGCAUUACAAGUUUUAUUUCUCAUGCUGAGGAAGUUUGUAAUGCAUUUACACAAGUACGAAUACGAUACUUUUACAGUUGAUACUGUUCCGGAAAGAACAAGAAUCCGUAGCGUUACUCGACCUGCACUACUACCGCUACAUCUUGAAGGACUACAUCCGGCUGAGAAUCCGGAAAAUCGAGGAGCACGCGCUGUUCUACGCGACUGACGCCCGCGCCAGGGACCAGUUGUCCGAACGAGAAAGAAUUGUAGCGGAGAGGUUGUGGGAAGCACAAAAGUUCCACUUCUAUGAACUGCAAAAGUAUCGUAGUACUCGUAGUAUUGCAAUACAAAUUAGGUCGGCAUGAUGAAAAAUGGAAUUUGUCAUCUUGAUUUAGCUUGAGCAAGAAACUUGUCUUGCAUGACUGGGAUUAGUACGACUACGAUGCUUUUGCACAGGAUAACUUCGAGCACCGACUGAUUUCGCAGCUGCCGCAACGUACAGUUUUUUCCUACAUACAUGAGACAGAUACAGAAGUACAAGUAACAGUAAGAUGCCAAUGCGACAAGCUGCAUGACAAACGGCCUGCUGUGUUGCGACACUCAGCAACAGAAAGAAUUCUAUGAACAAAUGAAAACGACCCUCCAGGUGGCUGGAUCAUGGAUGUGGAGGGUUUUGAAGCGAAGCAGACACUAUCCCGCAUGUCCAAGCCGAAAUUUUUAUCCGGGGUAGAAAAUAUUAACGUAGUACCCCUACUUACCCGCGUCGCAGUCAACAUCAUUCUUGCUACAACACAAAUCAACAACAACAAAUUGUGGUUGUCGUGCUGCAUGCGAACCUUGGAUCUGUAAAUGUAGUCGUGGUAGUUACAGUUGCGCAGGAGGCGCAUGAGAAGUCGACGUUCGAAAUCGAAUCCUGAUCUGCAUGACAAACAUGAGAUAAUUGUGGGUAAGUACGCUUUGACGCAGGAUAAUUCGAGCAGUCGGUAUUUUGCGAGGUGGUCGACCCCUUGGGAUUCACCGUCCACCGAAAGAGACACGGGGAUAAUGUUCCAACGCCGCAGACGAGUCAUGGACGUACUUAUUUAUCCUUUGCCUUACUCCCGUUUUUGUCAUGCAGAAUUCGCAUUAAAUUCCUUGUCAUGCAGAAUUCGCACCUAGUGCAGGAUAAAUGAUGAUGAUGAUGAUGAUGAUUCUUUGUGAUGCAAAGUCGUGUAUGUACUUUAUGCUUCUCAACACCAGGCCACUCCAGCGGCCUGAACCUGAACACCACUACCGGUAGCAGCCCGGCGAUGCCGGGGCUCCCGUCCAUGAGCAGCCGUCUCGGCAUAUCCUGAGUAAAAACGUUCCCACCCCAGAGUUGUCAUGCAAAUGCGCAAUGACAGGAACAUUUGUAAUGCGCAGCCCAAGGAGAGGCAUUUCCAAUCGUGUUUUGGAAAAAUCUGUAAUGCUGUAAACAGGAUGAGAAAAUGACUUUCUCAUGCGGCUUCCCUUACCAACCAGCACUACACUGCAGAGGGAAACUUGUCAUGUACAGUUCCCAAAGCUUGGAGAUUUGUGUUGCUAGAUUCCCAACUUGACUAUGGGGUGGGGACGUUUUUACACAGGAUACGGCAACCGGCAUUCCAGCAGCGCGUCUUCCGGAACGGGCGGCUCCUCCGGUUUUGCCAGUGGCAUGGAUCCUAUCUUGGUGAAGAUGGAGCACGGGAAGCGGUUUUUGAUCGAGUACAAACUGAUUCGCGACGCUUUUCACGCGAAAAAAGUCAUUUUGAUCUAAAAAUCGCGACGGUGUCUACUUUGCUGACAGGAAACAAGCGUGUUAGCUCUCCCGGCGCUGCUUGCCAGCAUCGCAGCUAUUGCUGUCAAAAUAAGUACUUAGCCAGCCACUACACCCUCUACACAGGAGACAUUUUGCAAAAAUUGUGCACAAAUAAAAGAACCUUUUGCAGUAGUAGUUCGACGUCGUGCACUUCUUUGAAGAUGCCUUAAUACUUCCGCAUUCAUCAUUGUGAAAAGAUCAGCUUUCACAAUUUUUUCAAG